GAGAAAGAGAGGGGGAGAACCCUAAUCACUUGCUGUCAUUGCUGUCAUUCUGCGACAAGAACUGAUAGAAAGAUGUUCGGUUGUUGCUGGUGUUGUUCUGCAUUACGUCCGAGAUACAAGAGGCUCGUUGACAAUAUUUUUCCAGUCAAUCCGCAGGAUGGCCUGAUCAAAAAUAACAUGGAGAAAUUAACGUUUUACUCGUUGAGCAGUCCUGAAAAGUUGGACAGGAUUGGAGAAUAUUUAUUCCAACGAGCUUCUAGAGAUAUUUACAGGAGACGAAAUGGCUUUGUUGUGAUUGCUAUGGAAGCAAUGGACCAGCUCUUGGUAGCGUGCCAUGCACAAACUUUAAAUCUAUUUAUUGAGAGCUUUCUAAAAAUGGUGCAGAAAUUGUUGGAAUCUACUGAUCCUCAGCUGCAAAUUCUAGCAACACAGUCUUUUGUCAGGUUUGCCAAUAUUGAGGAGGAUACACCUUCUUAUCAUACACGUUAUGAUUUCUUUGUAUCAAAAUAUUCUGCUAUGUGCCAUUCUAAUAAUGACGAUCCCGCCAUACGUAAGCAGAUUAGGCUUGCUGGAAUCCAAGGACUACAGGGCGUUGUAAGAAAAACUCUCUCUGAUGAUCUGGUUGAGAAUAUCUGGGAGCCUGUGCAUAUGGAUAAGAUUGUACCAUCGUUGCUAUAUAACAUGCAAAAUUCGAGAUAUGCCGACAAAGAACAAGCGACACCGGACAGCCCGACCGAGGAACGAUCAGAUCCGCCGCAGUUUGCAGAAACCUGCAUGCGAGAGUUAAUUGGACGUGCAUCGUUCGGUCAUAUUAGAUGUGUCAUAAGACCUGUGUUGAGACACUUGGAUAAUCACCAGUUGUGGGUCCCCAACUAUUUUGCUAUUCAUACCUUCAGAAUAAUUAUGUUCUCUAUCCAGUCGCAAUACUCUUACACUGUGGUAGAAGCCUUAAUGACGCAUCUCGACGAUCAUUCCAAGUCGUCCCCAAAGAUUCGCACCAGCAUAGCUGACACCUUAUCUAAAAUUAUAUCAAUCGCCGCGGGUGAAAGUGUAGGUCCGUCUGUGUUGGAGAUUAUAAACUCCCUGUUGUCUCAUCUGCGGGUUAGUGUAACGAGAAACCAAUCGUCAAGCAGUGAUGAGCAACUGUACCAGGAAGCCCUCAUCAACGCUCUCGGAGAGUUCGCGAAUCACCUUCCUGAUUAUCAGAAAAUCGAAAUCAUGAUGUUCAUCAUGAGUAAAGUUCCUUACAGCCAGCCCGAUCGCAUCGUGUCGGUCGGCAAGGGAGACGUACUACUUCAGAGCAUACUCUUGAAGUCUUUGCUGAAGGUCGGCACCAAAUACCAAACCAUUCACUUGAACACGACAUUCCCGCCGAGUUUCUUGGACCCGUUGCUGAGAAUGUCGCUGGCGGCGGACGCUGAGAUGAGACUUCUUGUGCAGAAGAUAUUCCACACUCUGAUCGAUAGACAUCGGAAUAUUACGAAGCUUGCCAAGCCGACCGUAAACGUCACGGAACUCGAUCUCGUCAUCGAAAAAGCAUCUCGACCCGACGUGAUCUUCAUUCGGAAGCACGGUCCUGAGAUUUAUCUGGCGUUGUACGAGUCAUUAGAGCUGUCUAGUAACACUGUGGACAAUGUGGAAUCCAUUUACACCACAUUGGCGUUACUCGCCAUCGAAUUGGCUUCCGAGGAAACGGUCUUGGAAUUAUUGAGGCUGGUAUUGAGCCUUCAAGACCUGGCAUUGACAAGCGGUCAAAUUAAUCUCGGGCUUAAAUUUAAUUUACACGCCAUUGUUAUCAGUUUGUUGGUUUUGAUUUCGUACGCUUGUAAUAUCACCGCUCUGAUGGAUUACGCGAAGAAGGUGGUGGAGGCGCGUCGGAACGACAGCCCGCACUUGCUACCAGACUUACAAUCUCAGUACGAUGCUGCUCUAACGUCCAGGUUAGCACCGGCUCUUUUGGUCGAUCAAACUGUCGUCAGCGAAUGCCUGAAGGGAGCUGGCCUCGACAGUGGAAAGUUACAACAAGGCUCCGGCUACAGCAACAAUUCCUUACAACAUAGGCAUUCCUGGGUCGACAAUGCGGGACGAAAUUCAUUGGCUGACAUCAAUUCCGGAGGCACGGAACUGGACAGUGGAGGUUCAUCACCAGGUGUACAGAAAAAAUUGCCCGGAGAAGAAUUAACGUUUGAGAGUAUGAAGAGAAUUUUAACUGAGAAUAACAACAAUCACACAGUGGAAGAGGAGAAGCGGAUACAACUUUCUGAGUUCUUCAGAAAUGCACCGUUCCAAGACUUGGUAUCGAAAACUCAGCCAAAGCACGACGUACUGCAGAGUAAGUUGUCGGAGAUAUUCAACACCUUAUCUGUUGAUCCACGCAACGCAGUUCCUACGACCGGACAACAGACGGAUACCAAACCAAGUCAAACCCCAGCAUAUGAAAUUCAUUUCCCGGAACUGUUUGUAUAUUAAACAGCCAAUAUUUCUCUUAGUAUUUCUCGUAGCAUCGCAUUGUUAGAUCUUAUAUAUAUAUAUAUAUA